GCAUGCACGGCCGUCUGCCUCCUGUGAACUAAAGUUAUGGCGGCGUCACGCAUGCGCCGAACGCUUAGUGAGGUCGGCCUAUUACGCCGCUGGAAAGGCGGAGUGAUCUUGCUACAUUUCUAGUAUCCCGUCUGAUGCAAGAGACCUGGAGCCUUGCCACAAACCCGGACUUAGGUACCGCUCUUUUUCUCUAUUCUAGCCACGCGUCUCCGAAAACUCCAACAACCACGACCUUCCAGUCGACGGUGUUUGAGGAAAACCGAAGAAAGUUCGACGCCUUGAACCAUCAGUGGUGGGAUCCCGAGGGCGAAUUGUUCCCCCUUUCACGGAUGAACGCGAUACGGGUUCCUCUCAUCAGGGACGGGCUGCUCCAGGCCGGGCGGCGGGCGGAGAAGGCGCCGAAGUCCGUCUCGAAGCCGCUAGCGGGUCUCAGGAUCCUCGACGUUGGAUGCGGAGGCGGGCUACUGUCCGAGCCUCUCGCGAGGCUAGGUGCCACGGUCACCGGCAUCGAUCCCACGCCGGGAUGCAUCGAGGUCGCUAGAGCUCACGCAGACGGGGACCUCGAGAUCAGAGACUCCGUCGUGUACGAGGCCGUCGAAGCCGAAGAGCUCGUGCGGAGAUGCGUGAAGUUUGACGCCGUGGUGGCCAGCGAAGUUGUCGACCACGUCCAGAACUACCGAGACUUUGUGAAGUGCUGCGUGGCCUUGACAGAGGACGGCGGCUCGCUCUUCUUCACCACUAUUAAUCGCACGCUCCUGUCGUACCUGAUCGUCAAGAUUGCCGCCGAGUACAUCUUCAGAAUCGUGCCCGCCGGACUUCAUGACUGGAACAUGUUUGUGCCACCGGAAGAACUGGAAGAAGUGCUCGAGACCAAUGGCUGUCAUGUCCGGCUCAUCCACGGCAGCUUCUUCAACCCUCUGACGCAGACCUGGAGCUGGCUGAAGAGUACCGACCUAACUUACGCCCUUCAUGCUGUCAAAUCGCCAGUAUGAGGGGUUUCUGCGUGGCUGUAAAAUGUAAUUGAAGAUUCGUACCCUGGCGGUGAUUCUAAAGUUACGUCGUUAUCCAAACGGUGUCCGCGUGGGCACGUCUCCUCUUUGUUUUGCCGUGUUACUUUCAGUAAAUACCGCUUAGAAUUAUUCCUCGACAUUCAUAACCUAUGAAACACGUACGUUACUUUGUUUUUCUCUUUUUACGCAACGCAGUCGCAGAAGAUAAAGAAUCCAGGAAUAUGAGCAGCGUGUUUACCCCCUCAACCCGCAGCCAGAAUAAGUGGCCACGUGACCAGGAGCCGAUUAUAUGCAGUUUAUACAGGAGUUCACCGCCGAAUGUAAACUUUUCCUACCUAUGUUCCCCCUCCCCCAAUGAGGCCAUGGCGCCACCCUUUUGAAAAUAAAGUUAAUCAUCAUCAUCAUCAUCAUAGCCACGUGCUGGGGUUGGCAAAGCCCAGUGCACGCGCUGUGUUCCACAUAUUAGAGUAUUUAAAUUUGGGUCCCCCAAGAUGCUUGGGUGACCCAAAGCGCAGGGACUCCCUAUUCUAAAACUCCCCAUUGGCAAGGUUCGGCUAUCCCCGUCAUCGCAGCGAUUGGGCACGAGCCGCUACAAGCAAAUGCAUUUCGGGGCAUUGAUUGUCACCGACGUUACUAAAUUAGGUCAGUUGUGGAACUCCCGCGAAGGGAGGUACCUCCCCCUCCCCCUUUUUCCCCCCUCACGCACUUCAGCC